CAACAGCAACAGGGGUACCCGGGCGGGCCUGGACCUCCACAAGGGGGACAAGGCUGGGAACAGCAGCAGCAGCACGUGCAACACCAACCAUGGAGCGGCAUGUACCAGAGCGGGCAGCCGCAGCAACCGCAGCAGUCGCAGCAGUCGCAGCAGCAGCAGCAGCAACAGCAAUGGCCCACACAGCAGCUACGGCCUCGGCGACGGAGCAAGAUCGGCUAAGGGAAGAGCACCACGGGGAGAUGCAGGCACUGCGGCGGGAGCACGAGGCCGGGCAGCGGCAGCAGAAGGCCAGGCACGAGGCGGGGCUCUUGCAGGCGCGCCAGCACGUGGCGAUGGCGGGGGGAGGCACGCUGGGCGGGGCGGCGGCGGCGGCGGCGGCCCUCCCGCGCCUGCGGGAGCAGCACGGGCGGGAGAGCCAGGGGCUCGCGGAUCAUCAGCGGCAGCAGCUGCAGGAGCUCCAGAGGAAGCAGCAGCAGGAGCAGAGACAGCUGCUGCUUCAGCGACGGCUCCAGCAGCAGGGGGGGGCGCCGGCAUCGCAGCAGCAGCAGCAGCAGCAGCAGCAGCAGCAGCAGCAGCAGCAGCGGCGGCGGCAGAUUGGUCAAGUGGACGGUGGGCGACCGGUGUGGGACGGGGCUAGCAGUGUUCCUCAGCCUCCCUUGCCCCCAGCGGACGGCGGCGGUGGCGUUGAAGGUCAUCAACAAGAUGCGCCUCCGCUCCCGCCGCCGCUCCCGCCACCGCUCCCGCCACCUCUCCCACCACAGCUUCAGCCUCCGCUCCCGCCGCCACAGCAGUCCAUGCAACACGACCCCACCCCUCCCCCGCCGCCGUUGCCGGAGCAAGGCAACAGCAUUGGCAAUGAACAGCGGUCGCCACCGCUCCCGCCAAACCACCCGCCACCCCCUCCGAAUCAACAGCAUCAGCAAUUCAUGGGGGCAGGAGGAGGCCAACCCUACCGCCAACAGCAGCAACAGCAAUACCCUCAGCAGCUGGGAUCCCCUCAAAAUAACCCCCCGAGCUUUGCGGGGAACGCGGUGCACCGACAACCCCCAGGGGACUGGCACGGUCAGAUACCUGGCAACAAUGCCAACGGCAGCAGGUGGGCGCCCCCUCCCCCAUUCGGGGGCCCCGCAGAAACCGGCGGCGGCGGUAUGGGUGGGGGCCGCCCUCCGCACCCGGGCCUCCCGUCGGCGCUGCCGGUGUCCCCGAGGCCGAGCAUGCAACCGCCGUUGCCGUCGCCGCCGGGCGGGGCUGCGACGGCGGCGGCGGCGGCGGCGGGCGGCGUAGUGGCGGCGGCGCCUCCGCCGGGGGAGAGCCAGACCGGCGCCGCCUUGCGGAACUCCCUCAUGGCGCGGCUGGCCGCUGCCGGAGUUGGCGUCGGAGGUGGCCCCUCGCAGCAGGUGGGGGCGCGAGGAGGAGAAGCGGGAGGAGGAUCGACUUCUUUGCUCGCGAGGCACAGCCCGGCAUCUAGGAUGUUGGCCGGCAACAAGAGCAGUCCACACGGCGUGCCCGCACCAAGCUCUGCGGCGGCGGCGGCGGCGGCAGCGAACGUUCUUCCGAGACCUAGGCAGACGGUGUUCGCCGAGAACGUUUUCGAGUCUCCGGGGCGGCGCUUUCGGCCGGAAAAGAUCUGCGUGAUUCUGCGGGGCCUCCCAGGGUCCGGGAAGUCGCACGUGGCGCGGCUGCUUAGAGACCUCGAAAACGUGGGGAAAAUGUCCAUGUACCUAUCUACGAGGCGUUUUUGUCUCUCCAGGGGGAGGGGAGGGGGGCGUACUCUUAUGUUUUGCAUGCCUUAGCGGAGCGGUUAGACCAUUGACCACGCGUCCUCGAGAGGACGGAGCAUUGUUCCCACAGGACCGAUCACCGAUGGCCAAUCGUUCCUUUCUACUUUGCCAAAGGUGGCUCAAAAAUGUCUUCCCUAGUCUUGUCUAUCCGAACGAUAUCCCUUCCCACCUUUUCAGCCCACCUCCUAUGCCCCAGUACAGCUACCGUCCUUUCCUCUCUAUUCCAUGCCUCAAACAUCUCCCUGUACGUCCCAUCUAUUUUCCCCAGCUCAGUCACGUACACUUCCCUCUCCUUCUUGUACCACGGACAUUCCGCUACUACAUGAACACGGUCUUCGCAUUCGGGAGGGGGGGGGGAUGUUCGCGCAUUUUUUUCGGGCGAGAUAAUACUAUUUACAUGAGGUGUUGUUUGUGCAUGAGACUUCGGGGUUGGUUUGUUUUUUUCCUCGGCGUUUGUUCAGUGCCGAUGACUGAAGUUGCACACGUGUUUGCUAGUUCUUGUCAGGUCUCACUAAUGACUUGCGUCUUGCUUUUUUGGCAUCUCUCUUUUGUCUUGUCGAUUGGCACGCGACACAGGAGGCUGGCGGGC